AUGCCUCCCGUUGGUUUGUUACAGUACAACAGUGGCUGGCAGUCCCAGCCCUCCAUACUUCCUGGACCAUUCAAAGAACCAUCUUCAGUGAAUGUCAAGAGGCAUUCAACACCUGCGAUAAAUGUUGCAAAAAGUCGAGCUACCACCGUUAUUGUGGAGUCAACUACAAGCCUGGCAGCAACAAAGGAACCCCAGGCAACACCAGAAACGAAACAAGAAAAUAAUGAAGAAUCAGUCAUGCAAGAUCCUGGUUUGCGCCAGCUGAUUAUCAGCAGAAUUCGGAACGGUGGCGAUGGGCCCGAAGUUGAGGUAUUUUCCAACGUUACAGAAGAUGAUUAUGUAUAUGUUUUGGAUGCUAUCGGAUGUGACGAUAAACUAAUUCGCAAACCGUCAUACAUCCCCAGCCUCCACCAAAUUGUCGCCACCCUGCCAUCCCCAAUUCACGAGUCGAUCCUUGUGCCUUUGCGCACUGCGAUGGGGAUCAUCGUCGAGUCUCUCGACAUCCCUGACAACUUCGAGGUCUCCUUACCCAUCCACAUGGGGCGUAUGGUAGACGCCCCCGCUACCGCAGAACUUCCUUCUCCUCAGGAUGAGACUCAGGGUUAUCACCUCGGAGUACCGGACCUGGUGCUAAUGUUCCAGACCCGUGAUGACGACAUCCGUCCCUUCUGGCCAUUCGAGGUUUCCGUCUCCCAAACUGCUGAAGGUGCCAUCGCGAAGUUGCAGAAGUUUGGCGAUCGGAACGAGCACGUUUUGGCCGCCACUCACAUCAACAUCGCUGAAUCCCGGAAGCACGCCUCACCGACAUAUGAGUGGGGUGUCGCGAAGAAGUUGAAUCGGAGGGGAGUUCAGAUGGGGGAGUUGACGCGGUCGGAAGAUGGUGCAUUAGCGUCGCACUCUCAUACAUGGUAUCAUCCCGCGACGGUCACCAUCACCACUUGGAUCCGUCCUCCUAACAGGCGAUUGAACCUCAACUCUCGACAUCGUGCUUACUGUGCGAGUGCCGUACUUUAUCCCAACCAGAACGAGCAGGCCCUCGCCAAAGUUCAAAACAUAUUCCAACGCACGCUGGAGCAAGUGCGCGAUACCGUUGUUGACCACCUAGAGGCUGAGCACGCGGAUGACGAUACGCUCCUUUCGAUUGUUUCCAGCGACUCACUCCAAGCCAUGAGGGACUGGUCUCCACCAAGGGAGCUGCUCGAUUGGAACAAGUGCAGCAAGGACCUGCGGUCAGCGAUGAAGCAGACCGGAUUCAAUCGGUACCGCGCAUGGCACCGCAGCUUCCUUAAGCGUGUAGCCGAUGAGGCCGAGGUCUCGGUGUAGAGA